GUGUAUGUUAGUGUGUAACUCUUGUGCAUUAGUAUGACUGAAACCAAGUCCAGUGUACAAUGAUUAAAUACUUGUGAGUAAUGUAACUUCUGUUAGCAGUUAUGUAACUUGUGUAUGUUAGUGUGUAACUCUUGUGCAUUAGUAUAACCGCAACCAAGUCCAGUGUACAUUGAUUAAGUACUUGUGAGUAAUGUAACUUUUGUUAGUAGUUAUCUAACUUGUUUAUAAUAGUAUGUAACUUAUGUAAACCGUGUUGAAUAACAUGUCACUCAACUAUAAUUCUUAAUAUUAUUUUGAAUGACACUAGGAAUACGAGAAGUGCUGAAGCUGCACAAAAUGAGAAUGCUCAAACAGAAAAUCAAGAACCAAUCCUAUUGCUGGAAUAUCAUAAACCAGAAAUAACCAGAGCAGAAAUAACCAGAACAAGAAAAACCCUCAAAAGAAGAAAAGAGAGGCACCUGAACAAUCAGAUGAAGAUGAAGAGGAAGAAAGAAGCAAAUGGUCAAGUUUAAUCAACCUCAGAACAAGAGUUGGACCACCUCCUUUCCUAAAGUUGAUUAAACAGCUAGAUGAUAAUAAAAAGGAAGUUGUGAGAAGGAUUGGCUUUUGAGGCUUACUACAUCUAGGCUUUGAAAGAUUUUAUUGAGACUUUGUUCAGUUUCUCUUGGAAAAUUUCAGACCUUUUUCAGAACAACUACAACUCACGAACGGUGAGUUGUUAGAUAUUGAAGAUGAAGAUGUUAAAGCUGUAUUUGGAUUUCCAAUGGGGGCUAUUGAUGUUCAAGAAGCCAAUGAAAAGAAUGAAACUGAAGAAUACAACGAUUUGCUGAAGCAGUGGAGAUGAAUGGAGAAUUGAUAAAGGAAGUCCUCAAACCACAAAGAUAAUUCAGAAAAUGGUUGAGGAUCAAGAGUGUGGAGAUCGUUUCAUCAGAAAUUUUGUUGUCUUUAUAGUGUCUUGCCUGAUCAGAGACAACCAAAGUAUCAGGAGCAAUUUCAAAAUAUUGUUGUCUUUCGUGAAAGUUGAAGAUACUAAAAACCUGAACUGAUGCAAGUACACAAGAAGGUCACUGAUGGAUGUUGGUGAAGAAUGGUAGGCUCAUCCAUCAAGGAUGUUUACUGGACCAUUGGUAUUCUUAAUGAUUUGUUACUUUGACAAAGUACAAUUCAAAGGACAAGUGUUGCAAACAGUUUACCCAACUCUAAGAAUCUGGGACAAAGAGAAUUGAAAAAAGAGUUAAAGAUGAGAGAAAGUUAGGCUUUGAGUUGGGCAAGGUGAUGCCAAGAAUAAUGUCAGUUGAAGUAGAAGAAGAUAUUGAAGAGAGAGAAGAAGAAAAAGAUGAACAAACAGAAGAUGAUGAAAUGCUGACAAAGGAGGAUUGUGUGAAGGAGAUUGUAGCAGUGGCACAUAAAUUCAGUGAUGCUUUCAUUGAAUUCUCAAAGCUGCCAUCAACAAUCUCAAAAAAGUUCCCAAACUCUGAUAUCCUGAAGAAGAUUUACCUCACAACAGCAGACUACUUCAUUCACCAAGCUAAUGGAAAAGAAAAGGAUGUUGAGAAAGAAAGAUUGACAGAGAUGUGCACUUUUGAGGAAGAUGGCGAUUUCUUCAAUGAACCUGGGGUCAUGGAAGCCCUAGAAAAACUUGAACAAGCAGCAUUUCUGAAAUUCUCAAUGCCAUCAUUCGAUCUUGGCAUUGAGUUUAGCAUGUCUCAACCUAAAAAAAGAUGCUGAGAUGGCUGUUGAGAUUGAAAAAGAUGUGAAUGAAGAAGAAGUACUGGUAGAGGCUGGUGGACAUGUAGCAGAGGAUGUUGCACAUGUAGCACAGGAAGCUGAAGAAGAUGAACAAGAUAAUCAACCUUUGACAAAGAGGCUGAAGGUAAAAACAACAACUGAGAAGCAAUGGAAUUUCGAAUCACCGUAUCUGAUGCGGAACAGAAGACUAUGCAUGGAGACGAGCAAGGAUGAAAAGAUUGUCAUAGACUAUGGCUUCUCAAAGGAAGUUGGAAAUGAGUUGCUUUAUCAAGACGGUGAAGGAAUGUUCGUCUACCAC